AUGUCAACUGCUGGUUUAAUCCCAGGAAAUGCCUAUGGUACCUUGAACGUUCGUUCAUCAUCCAACUGGUCACCAGACUGCUCUGUUGUUUACUCACAAAUCAACUACAAGAAGGGUCAUAUCUCCUCUGCCAGCUCCUCCUCUUCGUGGCACGCUCUCACUGCUGAUGACAAGCAAUGGGUCACUUUGAGUUCACCAGUUCCAGUUGAAUUCUGUCAAAUCCAGACCCAAGGUAAGAUUUUUUCUAAUUCUGAUUUAAUUUUAGUUAAUUUUUUUCUUUUCCAUCAAUGUACGAAUAAAGGAAGAGGAGAUGAUGAUUUAUCACAAUGGGUUACCUCAUACAAGAUUCGUUACACUGAAGAUGGAGUUAACUGGGUUGAUGGUCAAACAUUCCAAGCCAACACUGACCGUCACACCAUCGUUACCAACACUUUGUCUCCACCAAUUGUUGCUCGUUCCAUUGCCAUUCACCCACUUACCUGGCAAGGUUUUGUAACCAUGAGAUUCGAUGCUCUCUACCGUCCAAUCAAGCACACCAUCACCAAGACUGGUCUCGUCAUUGACGAAACACAAAAGUUCAACUCUGGAGAACCAAUUGGUGAGAAAUACUCUGAACAUGUUAUCAAGUUCAACAAACCAUUCCCAAGAGUUCCAGAAGUUGUUUGUGCUUUAACUCAAAUCGAUUGUGCCCAAGACAAGAGCCUUCGUAUCCGUGUCUUUGCCAAGGAUAUCACCAAGGAUGGUUUCACCUUUGUCUUCAUGACCUGGUAUGACACCAAAUUAUAUGGAUUGAGAGGUUCAUACAUUGCCACUUUGGAUCAAUAA